GAGUGCGCCGGGCAAAGCUUUCCGGCGGGGAGAGGGGUCGCUGCGCGUGCGGGCCGGUCCAGUCCGGAGAGAACGGCGGGAUGGCUCUGCCGGGUGGAAAUAAGGAUAAUAUCAGAGCUGGAUGCAAGAAGUGUGGCUACCCUGGUCAUCUGACAUUUGAAUGUCGAAACUUCCUCCGAGUAGAUCCUCAAAGAGAUAUUGUUUUGGACGUUAGCAGCACUAGCAGUGAAGACAGCGAGGAAGAGGAACUACAGAGAUUACAAGCCAUGCGUGAAAAAAAGAAUUUAAAUGAAGAGGAAGAAAAAAAGAAACAAAAAAGAAAAAGCAAAGAGAAAACAAAAUUAAAAAGACCGAGAAAAAGUGAGACUAUAGAUGAGACUAAUGUUUCUUCAUUAAGACAAUUGAUAAGAGAAUGUGCCAAGAACUGCACUGGAAGAUCUUCCUCAUCAAGUUCAGCAGAAGAGGAUGAGCCAAAGUCAAAAAAACAAAAAUCACACAAAAAAGAAAAGGAAAAGGGGAAAAAGCAUAAAUCUAAGAAAGGAAAGCAUCGCAAAAAGGAGAAAAAGAAGAGACGAAAGGAAAAAAAUUCAUCUUCUAACAGUUCAGACAGUUCAAGCAGUGACUGACAUAGUGGUCUAUUUUUGCUUUCGCUUCUGCAGAGAAGAUGAGUUUCCAUUCAUAGCAAGUUUAUUUAUGCUUUGCAAUGCUGUUUUAAAAUGAGAUAUAUAUAUUUUUUUUUGAGAAAUCUAUUAGCAUGCAUCAAAUUAUUAGAUUAACCAUUUUAGGAAAAAAAUCUGCUUUUCUAUUUCAGGUUUAUUAAUACUAAACCACGCAACUACUUCUUCACUCUUAUUUUUAGUUCAGUUGUGAUUGUAUUUGAAAUCUUUACAGUAGAAUGUAAAGAGUGUAAAUUUCAGUUUGCAAGCCUUUGUGUAGAAAGACACGGACUUAAGUAUGCUUAAUGACAGAAUGUUUACAUCAAAUUUGAAAAUUCAAGCGAGAUUUUCUAUUAUCCUUUAAAUAAAUGUAUGUUUUACACA